UGGCUCCUCUGUGCGCUCUACUGUUUGCAUUGUGUCUGAACUGCCGGCGAGCUUUAAAAAAUAUUAUACCCACCGCGGCAAUGUCGGGCAGGUCGGUCCGAGCUGAGACCCGGAGCAGGGCGAAAGAUGACAUCAAGCGGGUUAUGGCCGCUAUUGAGAAAGUACGAAAAUGGGAGAAGAAAUGGGUGACUGUUGGAGACACGUCCCUUCGCAUCUUCAAGUGGGUGCCAGUGACGGAGCCCAAAUCAGAGGAUAAAAACAAAAACAAGAAGAAAGGUAAAGAUGAGAAAUACGGCUCAGAGCUGACGACUCCAGAGAACAGCUCUUCUCCAGGGAUGAUGGACAUGCACGAUGACAAUAGCAACCAGAGCUCCAUCGCUGACUCCUCCCCGGUGAAACAGGAGAACAGCUGUAGCACCAGCCCGACCCCGGAGCCCACCGCCACGUCUCACCGCGAGAGCAGCGAGAUCAAGAGUGACCAGAGCCCAGACAGCAAGAGGGGUAAGACCACGUCUUCAUCAGAGACCUCAGAGAGAGCACCGAGUGCUAAGAGAGACCUUCUGCCCUCGGGGGAGAAGGACUCUUCAGACAGCAAAGCCACUCAGGACCUAGAUGAGGACACCCCACCCAGCAAGAAAACCAAACUGGAGUCUUCGUCUCCAGACUUUGAGGAGAGUUAAAUGUUUGGAGCUGAGUCAUUCCUCUCCUCCCUCUGCCCCUCCCUCCAUUACCUCUAGAUAAUUUAGGGCUAAUGGACGCACCGGCUCUCCUCACCACCCCACCUCCCUUUCUCAAAACCGAAAGGAGAACAGACGUCUCUCUUCCCCUCCUCCUCCUCCAGUCUGCCCUAACACUCCUCUGCCACAGAGGGAGGAUGGAUAUUACCUCUAUUCGCUGGUCCCCCCUCCGUGCUUCCUUCCACACUUCUUCACUAAUGCCAAGAGAAGCUCUGACCCCGGGCUGCAGACCCCUCUGUGACCCCCCGCCAGGCCAGCCCUCAAACACUGACCUGCAUCUGUGACUGAAAAGAGUUAACACUGGGGAUCUGAGAUUAGGACGAGGUUGGUCCCAGGCGCUAAUCUGAAACCGUUUUUAACACAUUUUACUGCUAACGGUUAGCUCGGGAUAGAGGCUAACUGGGUGUCGGAUCAGCGGCUCCCGGGGGGAACCUCCACCCUAAGACCACGUCACUUCAAUCCUCCCGAUUCGCCUCCUGUUAGACUAAUGUUCUAUAUUUGUUUAGGAAACGUUUAGGGUUUUUUUCUCAGGAGGGUCAAUGCACUGUUAUGGUAUGUCACAAUCGAUCACAGAUAGAUUUGCUGCUGUAGUGGAAGUCUUUUUUCUCUAUCCAUGAAAAGUUCUCCAUUCACAUCUUUUUUAAGUUAGUUUGUGGUUUGUAGAAGGAGAUGGUACUGGUCGAGAUAAACUCUUGGAUAUGUAGUGAGCACAGGCAUAGGUAGCGUAGAUCAUGAAGGUGUGCCUUGAGUUGCUACGAUUUAAAAACACGCUUUAGGUCAAGCCGCUUUUGAAUUACAAUUUUGGUGCCAUGUUUGGUUUUUUUGCCUUAUAAUUAUCACUUAUUAGUAUAAUCCAAUAUUUAUAAUCAACUGCAACACUUGUUUUUUUGUAAUAAUCACUUAUCAAGAGUUCAAUUCCACUCAGUAUGUUAAAUAUAAAGCUGUUAGCUUAGCUUAGCAUGAAGACUGGAAACAAAAGGAAACAACUAGCCUAAUAGUUUGUAAACUCCUGUUUUUAUACAGAUUAAAAGUACAAGACCAUAAUGUUUAAAUUAAUGAGCUUUUAGAGGAAUAAGCUUUUUGUCUUAUGAGUAUGAAAACAAAGAAGAUAUUUUCCAGAUUAUUAUAAAGUUGGACUUUUUUACCUUCAAUAAGAGUCAGACUAUCUGUUUCCAGGCUGUGUGCUAUGCUAAGCUAACUAUGUUUGGACUGUGGCUUUAUAUUUUCUGCACAGUCAUGAAAGUGUUUUUUCCCAAGAUGUGGAACUAUUCCUUUAAAACAUUUGUAGACUGGAAAUUGAACACUACCCAGAAUCAUUUACAUUUGCCGUACAUUUAAACAUCUGCAAACCUCCUGAAUCAGAGUCUCUGGUCUGUGUCUACAUCAGGGGACGUUUUUCUUUCUUCCUCCAAAGUAGAGACAGACCAGUUUGUGGGACUGGUUUCCGUCUGUUCCACUAUCAUGACCUGUACUGACUCACUUCUCAUCUCUGCGUAUCGCUACUAUCUCUGACAGAAGGGUCUUUAGCUCGAGCGUUGGUUUGUGAUUCUCCUUACGGUGCUCUCUAUCGACUGAAUCCAUACACGUGUGGCAUCGAGCUCUCGGUUUUCGUGCAGAUUUGUGCAAUUUACUUGAACUUUAUAUUGACAAAAAAGCGGAUUCAGACCUGUGACCUCGUAAUGAACAACCUCACACAUUAACUUUCAUUAAUAUUUACUGAAUAUGGAUUGAAAUGAAUUGAAUCUCUGCAAACCAAUGACUUCAUGACAUAACAGGGGCUAUAAGAAGUACUUCAUGAUGCGGAAUUACUUGAUCAGAUUUCAACAAAUCAGCAUUCACAUGGAUGGAGAGAAAAGAAAAAAAACAAUUGUCUCAGUUUAGAGGAUGGAUUAGCAUAUACCUCAUUCCCAGUCCAGCAGCGCUGGAACUUAAAAUGCUAUGUAUUGACAUUAACAGUUAUAAACAGCAUUAUGUACACUCUGUUUAAAAAAUCUCACCUAUGUUGUAGCUUUCACCUGAUUGAGCCGAUUGCUUAUAGUUUGCUCAUAACUGUGUUUUAAAAAAACAAAGAAAAAAAGAGCUGUGAUAUAAUAUCUUGUAUGUUGUUGUUUUCUUAUCGGGACCAGUUUGUUUGACUUUAGAUCUUGUACAGAUUUAUGGUUUGGUUUGACUUAUUUAUUCCAUCAGUAGUGCUUGGUUUUUAUCAUGUCCAAUGGUUUUGUUUUCUUAAUAAAAUUCACAAAAGUU